UCUCUUUCUAAACAUUAAAAAUCAAAACAUGUUUUUAUUUAAAUUAAAUUGUAGAAUAUAUGAGUGAAGACUUUAAAGGAAAAUUGAGAAUAGAGAAGUUGCCAGAAAUUGUCGAUCCUAAUAAAUUAAAAAAAAAAAAAACGUGAUUAGACUAUACAUUAACCUUUGGAGCUGAUGAUUUUGGUAUCAGCUCCAGAGAAUUAAUUAUAUUGUUAACAAGUAUGGCAAUGCGUCAAAUUCUCACAAAAUUAUGGAAAAAUAUUAGUCCUGCCAUGUAUACAUCAGGUAUGUUAUUUGCAUAUUGUACCUCAUUCGACAAGCCUAGUGAAAAUGAGAAGUUGAAACUAGACCCUCCAGACAUAAAAAAGCUAACCCAUGAGUACAUGAUAAAACAAUCUGCGUUGGAUGCUGCUAAUAGUGCAACUCAGGCAUUAACUGUCACGUAUAUAGCUAUAAUAGAUCUGAGCAUCGCAUACAGAAUAUUAUUGAACGAACUUAUUUCUCUUCUCGAAGAAACUAUAAUACACAAUGUAAAUGAUGCACACUGGGAUCUGAUUGUGGAAGUACGAAAUGAAAUGCAAGACAAGAAAGAAAAGAUUACGCGCUUAGCUACCUAUAUGGAUUAUGUGCAUAAAAUGGCAGUAGCUAGCGCAGGAUUAAGUUAUAUGUGUGGGAUGGAUAGUUUGACCAGUACACUUCAACAGAGGAUAGAGGAUGCAUUAGGUAAGGUAAAAGCGGAAACUGACAGCAAUACAGAGUUGGAACGAACAUACUGGUGUAUACAGGAACAGUGCAUCAAAGGCAGCAAAGAAAAUAUCGAGAAACAAUAAAUUUUUAUAGGAAAGAGUCCAACAUUCUCUCUCAAAGUACGUUUUAUUUGGUUCUUAAAAAAAUUAAAAAUAAUUUGUAUCAUUAUGUAUCUAUAUUAAUAAAC